UAACUAACAUUUCUUUCAUUUUAAGACGUCAAGUUUUGAGUUUCAUUUGCAAGUCUUGUGAUCUACCAUCAACACAUAAAUUAUUUUGAUCGACUAUUUUGAAUCAUUUUUUUGUAUUUUAAUACAUUUAUCUUUCACCUUCGCCUUUAUAAUGGCGUUAAUGGAUAAUUCUGUAACCACAUUCCUAUUAAUAUUUAUCCUUUGCUUCUUUCUGGCCGAAUGUUCAAAAGAAUCCUAUCCUAAAGAUUUUUACGAAUUAGAGUCAUCUAGUGAUACUGAGAAUGUUCUUCUCUCAAGGUGGAAAAGGGAUGAAUCUAAAAACAAAAAAAUAGUAGCCACUAAAAAGCCAACACAAUUGGAUAAAUCUAAACCUAUGCUCAGCAAGCUUCUAUCUUUGAAUUCUACGCAACCCGUUACAUCAGAGUUAAAUAUCACGAACUAUGGGAUAACUAAUAGCACAGAGUUCAAUGCCAACGAUACAUCAGUAGAUGAUCUAGAAAAUAUUUUAGACGCACCCUUGCCGUCAAAUUAUACAAGCAAGAAUGACUCCCAUACAUACUACAACUCAACAAUAUUAACGAAGCCAACCGAAGCCAUGAAAUAUUGGGUUGACAUUGAUAAGAUGCCCAAUGUUACUUUACAACCAAUGCUAUCUAAAUCACAUCGUCGUGCUGCACCAGUUAAUCUUACUUUUGAAUUCCCGUUCUAUGGUAAUCCCAUAAAGAAUGUAACUAUUGCGACUGGAGGAUUUCUUUACCUUGGUAAUACUGUUCACAGUUGGCUUGCAGCAACCCAAUACGUUGCUCCAUUAAUGGCUAAUUUUGAUACACGGUUAAACGAAUCAUCGAAAAUUAAGUACGCCGACAACUCGACUAUGUUUGUUGUUCAGUGGGAGAAUGUUUUAAUCAAGGAACUUCCUCAAGAAUUUUUCACCUUCCAAGUUUCUCUAUUUUCAAAUGGUGACAUUGUCUUUGUUUACAAGGACCUUCCAAUUUCAUUCAACGACUUACCGGAUACUCAUCAUCCUGUUAAAGUUGGACUUUCUGAUGCGUAUGUAAUUGAUAGAACCGCUUUCUUUAUCAGAAAGAAGACUAUCUAUGAGUAUCAUCGUGUUGAGCUCAAAAAGGAAAAUAUACUCAACAACACCGCUAUUUACUUCACUGCCUUACCGACUUGCAUUACCCUGAAAGAUUGCGAAAGCUGUUCGGUCGGUGUUCCAAGUUUCGAGUGUAAAUGGUGUGAAAGUACUGGACGAUGCUCUGACGGAUUGGAUAGACAAAGACAAGAUUGGCUAGCUAAAAGUUGUGAUACCGAAGCUAAAAAAAAUAACUGCCUUGCAUCCACUAAUAGCUCAACUGUAAUUCAAAAUGCAGCAUCUACUAUUUCACCAUAUCCAGGUAAAGUUAGAAAAGCGGAAGCACCCUCCGUCAGCUCACCUCUUUACCAUCAAGGAUCAAAUGCAAAUGGAAAGUCAGGAAAUGGUAAAGCAAGUUUUAUGGCCGUCAUGAUGGUUGUAUCCUUGAUUUCUGGUGUCGUAUUAUGGUUACUUUAUGCCUACAAAAACCCACAAAGUUCAUCGGGACAAUUUUUAAUCAAAUAUCGACCUGCUCAAUGGCGUUUCGCAGGCAGUGAAGCUCGUUAUACUGCUGCCUCCAUUCAUAUGUAAAAUACGCUGAAAAAUCUUUGCCUUUUCAAGAAGGAGCCUGUGAUGUCUUUUUUCUACAUCGCUCUUCUGAGCCAAACUAAAUCCACUCAACCAUAUCAAGGCUCUUUUCGAUAUCUCAAACAUGCUACUCAAACGACCAUUUUUUGGUUUAGCUUUCUUCCACCUUCAUCAAAUCACAUUGUAAAUACAACAAUCAAUUAUUUUUGGAAGAUUCAAUCGAAUGAAACGAUUCCACCCACAACUAUGCUGAUAUCUUGUCAUAAAAGACUGAUUAAAGACUGAGCUAUUCACGCACAUAUGAAUACUUUCUUUUAA